AUGGCUUAUGUGAAUAGCCGACUGAACAAGGAAUCCUACAAGCUCAUACAACCUUACAUCUUUAAGGGAGCUUGCCGCCUUCCAGACUAUCAGGAUAUCUUGGAUAUCCUACAGGGCGCCUAUGGGGACCCGAACGAAGCCAGAACAGCACGACGGAAGCUAGAUGUUAUCAAACAGAGAGAUAGAGACUUCUCUACCUUCUAUGCCGAGUUUCAGAGCCUGAGCCUUGAUAGCGGCCUUGAGGGAGAUGCCCUGGCCCCUUUCCUCGAGAAGGCCGUAUCGAAAGAGCUAUCCGAGAUGCUCCUGAAUAACCCCCCUGCCGAUUACAGCUAUAAUACAUUAGUAUCGCACUUCAAGGAACUGGAUAUACGCCUGCAAGAAUACCGUGAGAAGAGCCGACCCUAUAUCCCUAAGAGGUCGAACCCUAUACCUCGUGUAGGUCCUACACGCACACGGGCCGAGAGACAAGAGAGGAAGUCCCCCUCGCCCCGUAGGGGUCGAAGCCCCCCUGAGAAUCCCCAGCUUGCCGGAGACCCCAUGGACUUAAGCAAUCAACGCCGCUAUAUCCGCCCGAACUACCGCAGAGAGAAUAACCAGUGCUUCCGUUGCGGGUCGUCAUCUCACUACCUCCGCGACUGCCCUGAACCCGACACCCGGCCUGCUAAAUUCCGACACGCAGCUAUUCCCCAGAGCCCUUACCGCUAUAGCCGUCACUCCUCUCCAAGAUCCCCGGCUCUAGACCGAUCCGACUCCCGCAACUCACGAAGGCACCAGGAAAACGGGGCGAGCCUGUCCUAA